GCCUCCUCUGCAAGCUGCAGGCAGGCGCGCGGACGCUGUUUUUCCACUCGCUGCCGCAUGUUCCAUCCCACUGUUUCCUCCUCUCUUUUCUGGAGCUAAACUUUUCUGAAGGCGCCACCAGCCUGGGGCCUGCUGGUCUCAGACGAGUUCCUGUGCUGGCCGGAGAAGCAGAGAGAAGACAAGAGAGAGGAGCUGCAGCGGCACGGGAUCAGGCUGGGCCAAGGGGCAGCUGCUCUACCAGUGGCUAGAGAACCACGCCCGGGGCUCCAAGAGCCCAGCCCGGCCAAGACCCAGGCCACAGGUGCCUGCAGCCAGCUCCAGCCUGGCCACACAAGCAUCCUCUUCAAUCUCCGUUUUCAAUGGCAAACAUUUAUCAGGCAUCUGCUGUUCCACAGGAAGCACCAGGCCAACCACUGUAGGGGAUAAAAUGGCAAGACUGUGCCCUGCCUUCAGGUGCCCAACAGCCUGAGCCUCUUCCUAGUCCCACCAGGAAUCAUCAAUCUCAGUCUCCUGCCUCCAUCCUGCAGCUUUCACCAUGGCAGCCCUGAUUGCAGAGAACUUCCGCUUCCUAUCACUCUUCUUCAAGAGCAAGGAUGUGAUGAUUUUCAAUGGCCUGGUGGCACUGGGAACAGUGGGCAGCCAGGAGCUGUUCAGUGUGGUGGCCUUCCACUGCCCCUGCUCACCGGCCCGGAACUACCUGUACGGGCUGGCAGCCAUCGGUGUGCCCGCCCUGGCUCUGUUUCUCGUUGGUGUCAUCCUCAACAACCACACUUGGAACCUAGUUGCUGAGUGCCAGCACCGGAGGGCCAAGAACUGCUCAGCUGCUCCCAUCUACCUACUCCUGAGCUCCAUCCUGGGCCGUGCAGCCGUGGCCCCUGUUACCUGGUCUGUCAUCUCCCUGCUGCGCGGUGAGGCUUAUGUCUGUGCCCUCAGCGAGUUCGUGGACCCCUCUUCACUUACAGCCGAGGAAAAGGCCUUCCCACCAGCCCAUGCUACCGAAAUCCUGGCCAGAUUCCCUUGCAGGGAGGGCCCUGCCAACCUGUCAGUUUUCCGGGAGGAGGUCAGCCGCAGGCUCAAGUAUGAGUCCCAGCUCUUCGGGUGGCUGCUCAUCGGCGUGGUGGCCAUACUGGUGUUCCUGACCAAGUGCUUCAAGCAUUGCUGCUCACCACUCAGCUACCGCCAGGAGGCCUACUGGGCGCAGUACCGGGCCAACGAGGAUCAGCUGUUUCAGCGCACGGCUGAGGUGCACUCGCGGGUGCUCGCCGCCAACAACGUGCGCCGCUUCUUCGGCUUCGUGGCGCUCAACAAGGAUGAUGAGGAGCUGGUUGCCAAGUUCCCAGUGGAAGGCACACAGCCACGGCCACAGUGGAACGCCAUCACCGGCAUCUACCUGUACCGGGAGAACCAGGGGCUCCCACUCUAUAGCCGCCUACACAAGUGGGCUCAGGGUCUGGCAGGCAAAGGCUCAGCCCCUGACAACGUGGAGAUGGCCCUGCUUGCCUCCUAAGUGUCCUGUUCCGGCUCUCUGCAAAGGACAUUACUUGGUACCAAACUGAACCCCACUGCCUACUCACAUCAGAACAGGAUUUUUUUAAACCAUAGCUUCUUGGGGAAACAGGCCAGGGGAAAGGAACACAAGGUGACCUGGAGUAGGGAUGACAAAUCUAGCAGACAAUG